AUGAAGGCCACUCUUAUUCUCUUGCCGACUUUGGUGGCUUUAUGCCACGCAAUCGCUGUGCCUCACGAUGCGGACAUUGUUGAGAGACAGGAACCCACAUUCGUCCUCGGCACUCCAACUCGCACCGUCUACGUCUCACCAACACCAGUCGAGCCAGAGCCAACCAAAACCUCAACCAAGAAACCCACACCUCCAGCUCCAACUCACGGCUAUCCACCGCCACCCCCACCACCGUCUCCAACUGACGACUACUCUCUCGGUACACCAACACGCACCGUCUACGUCUCCCCUACCCCACCCAAGUCCACGUCAACCAAGAAGCCAUGGUGGUACAACCCACCCAAGACUGUGACUGUUACCAAAUACGUGACGCCAAAGCCGACCCCGGCACCGACGCCUACUGGUACUUUGAUUGUGAAUAGUGGAACGCUUCCUGUUCUCACGCUUGGUGGAGCGCGACGUUUGCGCCAGGUGCGCCGGUGA